UUCUGGUUCCACUGGGGGCUGCUGUUGCUGCUGCUCCUGGGGGCACCCCUUCGAGGCUUAACAUUGCCACCCAUCCGCUAUUCCCAUGCGGGCAUCUGCCCCAACGACAUGAACCCCAACCUUUGGGUGGAUGCCCAGAGCACCUGCAAGCGAGAGUGUGAAACUGACCAGGAGUGUGAGACCUAUGAGAAGUGCUGCCCCAACGUGUGUGGGACCAAGAGCUGCGUGGCAGCCCGCUACAUGGACGUGAAAGGGAAGAAGGGCCCUAUGGGCAUGCCCAAGGAGGCCACGUGCGACCACUUCAUGUGCCUGCAGCAGGGCUCGGAGUGUGACAUCUGGGACGGGCAGCCCGUGUGCAAGUGCAAAGACCGCUGUGAGAAGGAGCCCAGCUUCACCUGCGCCUCCGACGGCCUCACCUACUACAACCGCUGCUACAUGGAUGCCGAGGCCUGCUCCAAGGGCAUCUCCCUGGCUGUGGUCACCUGCCGCUACCACUUCACCUGGCCCAACACCAGCCCUCCACCGCCGGAGACCACUGCCCAUCCUACCACGGCCUCUCCAGAGACUCUGGGGAUGGACAUGGCAGCCCCAGCCCUGCUCAACCAUCCUGUCCAUCAAUCGGUCACUGUGGGCGAGACUGUGAGCUUCCUCUGUGAUGUGGUGGGCCGGCCGCGGCCCGAGCUCACUUGGGAGAAACAACUGGAGGACAGAGAGAAUGUGGUCAUGAGGCCUAACCACGUGCGUGGCAAUGUGGUGGUCACCAACAUCGCCCAGCUGGUCAUCUACAACGCCCAGCCCCAAGAUGCGGGCAUCUACACCUGUACAGCUCAGAAUGCUGCUGGCGUCCUCAGGGCUGACUUCCCGUUGUCAGUGGUCAGGGGCGGCCAGGCAAGGGCCACCUCAGAGAGCAGUCUCAAUGGCACGGCUUUCCCAGCAACCGAGUGUCUAAAGCCUCCGGACAGUGAGGACUGUGGAGAGGAGCAGACACGCUGGCACUUCGAUGCCCAGGCUAACAACUGCCUCACUUUUACUUUUGGCCACUGCCAUCGCAAUCUCAACCACUUUGAGACCUACGAGGCCUGCAUGCUGGCUUGUAUGAGUGAGCCUCUGGCCACGUGCAGCCUGCCUGCCCUGCAGGGGCCCUGCAAAGCCUACGUACCGCGCUGGGCCUACAACAGCCAGACGGGCUUAUGCCAGUCCUUCGUCUACGGCGGCUGCGAGGGCAACGGCAACAACUUCGAAAGCCGUGAGGCCUGCGAGGAGUCGUGUCCGUUCCCACGGGGUAACCAGCACUGUCGGGCCUGCAAGCCACGGCAGAAACUCGUCACCAGCUUCUGCCGAAGUGAUUUUGUCAUCCUGGGCAGGGUCUCGGAGCUGACUGAGGAGCCCGACUCGGGCCGCGCCCUGGUGACUGUGGAUGAGGUCCUAAAAGAUGAGAAGAUGGGCCUCAAGUUUCUGGGACGGGAGCCGCUGGAAGUCACGCUGCUUCACGUAGACUGGGCCUGCCCUUGCCCCAACGUGACAGUGGGCGAGACCCCGCUCAUCAUCAUGGGGGAGGUGGAGAGUGGCAUGGCCAUUCUGAGACCCGACAGUUUCGUGGGCGCUUCGAGCACACGGCGGGUCAGGAAGCUUCGUGAGGUCGUGCACAAGAAAACCUGCGACGUCCUGAAGGAUUUCCUGGGCUUGCGCUGAGGCUGGCCCAUCUACCCUGACCCUUCUCCACCCACCCACCCCCUGCCCUCAGUCAGCCAAUGGGUGAGAUCAGGUUAGGCAACCAUGGCCAGCGGAGCAAGCUCAGCUAACAUGUGGGAAGAAAUCUACCAUAGGUCUUAAAAACGAUCUCUAGUCUUUGGGUUCGACAGAAGGUCUAUAUCUUUUUUAGCUGGGAGAGAGGUUGGCUGGGGAAGAAAAGACACAUGUAAGUUAUUUCCCAUGAGCGGGCCCUUGAAGUGGUCUCACCCCCCUUUGCUGACCCAUGUCCCUCUGGCCAGUCUCCUAACCAGGGUCAGAAAGAGAGGGCAUCUACACUGUUAAAAGGUUUAACUUGUAUAGGGGGUGUAUGGGGAGAGAGCAGAGAGUUCAAGGGUGCUUAAGACGACUUCCCCACCACCGCCUGCUGCAUCACUGUAAUCAGAGACCACCUCCCACUAAGGAAGCCCCUGUCCAACCCAGGAUAUAACUUUAUCCUGAUGGAGGCUGCAGGGACAGCUGCCUUUGAUGGAGUCAGUUUGUGUCCCUGAGGUCACCACACCAGCCAAAGCCCUGUUUUCCCUCCUCAGUUGCACUGGUUUGUUGGGUUGCUUCUGUUCCUUUCAGCUCAGUUCAGUGGGCACUUCCUGGGUGCCAGGUGCUAGGACCAUAGAGAGUGGCCCUGCUCCCUUGGCAGAGCCAAAACCGCCACGUCCUCAUCCCCCAGGAGCCAGUGGGUGAUUGGCAGCAGUCAGCCACUACCAUCUGAUGGACGGUAUGCUUUUAUAGACCAUGGACUUCCUUGGAGAAGUCCCAGGAUCUGUUUUGGUAGCAAGGGAAAUAAGGAAGACAAAAGGCAGGAGGGGCAGGGGACAGGCCAGGAAUCAGAGCGGAGGCGGGCCCAGAGAGAAGGAAUAUUGCUCGAUGCUGCCAUCUGGUGGUGAAUCUGGAUGUCUACAGGCAUCAGGAGGGAGGAACUAUCUGGGUGGGGUCUGGGAGGGGCCUUUUGGAGAUGGCAGCUCUGAGAUCACUUGUUUCUCCUGGUCCCAGGCACACAAGCACUGGGUAGAGGAUUUGGAACUCCUCUGUCAUCUCUGCACCUCUCCUGUUCCCUCUUCAGCCCUUCAUUCUGUCCACAUCCCUCCAAAGGAGGCAUUGUGGGAUGCCCUAAUGUCUUUUUCAAAUAUAAGGAGGGCGAUACUAAAUAAAAAUUC